ACGGGUUUUAUGAUAAUGAACGUAUUGUUUUCCCACUGAAUUUAUUUACUCUCACAAUUGGGAUGGUAAAUGGAAAACAGAGCAACGGAAAUAUCCAACAGUGCAGAAAUCGUUCACAUUCGAAGAUUACGAGGACCCAAAGUAAUCACUGAAUGUUUCCAUCCCUGAGGUCCUUGAUCCACAAUAUGGGAUGCAUGCAUGGCCCUGUGCAGUGGUAUUAGCACAAUGUGUGUGGACACAUAGGGAAGAGCUGAUGCGCAAAACAGUGCUAGAGCUUGGGGCUGGCGUGAGUUUACCUGGUGUGGUGGCAGCAAAGUGUGGGGCACAAGUGAUCUUGUCAGACAGUGCAGAACUUCCACUGUUUCUGGAGAACUGUAGGCGCACCUGUGAAGUGAAUGAACUGCCCAAUGUGCUUGUGGUGGGUAUUACCCGGGGAGAGGUCUCCCCAGACCUUCUGCUCCUCCCUCCAUUAGACAUCAUCUUGGGAUCAGAUGUUUUCUAUGAGCCUGAAGAUAUUGAGAAUGUCCUGGUGACCAUCUCCUUCCUCUUGGAAAAAAACCCUGAGGCCCAAUUUUGGACAACUUACCAAGAGAGAAGUGCCGACUGGUCCAUAGAGGCAUUGCUGCACAAAUGGAACUUGAAGUGUCUCAACAUUCCACUGGAGAAGUUCCAUGCCAACAAAGAUCAACUAGCUGGGGCAACACUUCCUGGAAGCCAUAAUGUACAAAUAAUUAUAACCGAGGACAAGGAAAGCUGAAUGAAAAAGACAAAAUUGUGUAAACUUAUCCUUCAGUUACUGCCAGCAAGGCACAGUUAAAGUCACCAAAUAGUCAAGACCCAAGGGUUCAAAACUCAAUGCAUUAUAAAAUAGUUUAAGUUGUAUAGUAGUAUUCUGUUAAAGUUUUAGAAUAAAUUGAUAACCCAAAUGUU